AUGUGGCCUUGCUUGCUGAGGGGCUGAGGGAUGGAGGGGGUCACUUUGCACACAGCUGAGCAGGCACUAACACACUGACCGCCAUCCGGGACAGAGGAGUCACGUCGCAUUCCGCUGCUGAGCGUCCGCAGGGACCCCUCCACCCCUCGUCCCCCUCUUGGUGGAGCUGGUGCAUAUAAAACCCAGCGAGUCGACCCCUCCCGGACAGAGUGAGGUCCAGUCUGGCCCGGAGGCGCGCUCGUCCUGCGCUUUAUGGAUGCUUCAGCACUUCAGCAUCAUCGUCCUCUGCUCUGAAUAAGCUCAGUGUUGGGAUACGGGACACCAGUGAUCGCGCUUUCCUUUUGCAGACAGCUGGACGUCCACACGUUGUUCACUAUAGAUUCUAAGGAAGGCCUGCCAUGGCGAACCGAGGGCCCAGUUACGGACUGAGCCGCGAGGUGCAGGAGAAGAUCGAACAGAAGUACGAUCCUGACCUGGAGCAGCGCCUGGUGGACUGGAUAGUCGCACAGAGUGGAGGAAACCUGGAGAAACCGCAGCCGGGAAAGCAGAACUUCCAGACGUGGCUGAUGGACGGAACGAUUCUCUGUCGACUCAUAAACAGUCUUUAUCCGCGGGGCAAAGAACCCAUCAAAAAGAUUCCUGAGACUCAAAUGGCCUUCAAACAGAUGGAGAAGAUCUCCCAGUUCCUGCAAGCAGCAGAAGCUUAUGGAGUCACAACCACAGAUAUUUUUCAAACCGUGGACCUCUGGGAAGGAAAAGACAUGGCAGCAGUGCAAAGAACCCUGAUGGCUCUGGGAAGUUUGGCUGUCACAAAGGACGACGGCCAAUACAAAGGUGACCGAGACUGGUUCCACAGGAAAGCCCAGGGGUACAGACGAGAGUUUACUGAAGAGCAGCUGCGCCAAGGACAGAGUUUGAUCGGCCUGCAGAUGGGCAGCAACCGUGGCGCUUCCCAGGCCGGCAUGACGGGCUACGGUAUGCACCGUCAGAUCAUGUAGACCCCCCACCCCCUCUAAUCCUUGAUCUCAGACUUUGUUUUUCUACUAAUCCCACAAAUGCGGUAGCCCUAAAAUAAAACUCUCCUAAGCUUUGCCACACCUGCCAUCUUAACCUCAACUUCCCUGUAAUUGCUGCUUUUGCCCAACACUGUUUUCCUUCACUUCUUAAUAAAAUGAUGUCAACUACACUGCAGAUUUAUGUCUUCAUGCUUCUUCUGUAUUAUUCUCUCUUUUCUUUUGCCUUCUUACCUCCGUAUUAUACUAUUUGUUUACACAAUGUGUAUUUUGUUUUUAUUUAAUUAACUACAAUAAAAGCCAUCUGUACUGUACACUUGUUUACAGAGAUACUCAAAGUGACUGUUAAGGCAUGGUGUAUUGUUAUUUAUACAUAUUUCCUAUAUUUUGAUGAUCAUAGACUAUUCUGUUCCUGUGUGAUUCUUUAGCCUUAAUCCUAACAAGGCUCAAUCAAUGACAAAGUCUCUGCGGUUCUGCCUGAAGACUUGUUGCUGUUUCUUCUGUAACCAAAUCAACCUCACGUUGUGCCUGGUUAUGGGACUUCAAAGGCUGGUUCCUUGAUCUGCUGGUAUUAAAUUAUAGAUGAGCGUCAUUUGUUCUGAGCCAUGCCCUCGUUUGUUAUCUGUUCCAUAUUUGUUCAUGCUGUGUCUAAUAUGUGCACGGUGCAACAUGUGAAUGUGCAGUAGCCAACACGUUUGACAAUAAAAGGUUCAUGGUGCCAGGUAAACAUGUUGCUUGAAUGUGCACUGUUUAUGUGUGUUCUGUUUGUAUUUUGGAAACCUAUUUAUAUGUGGAUGUGUGUAAAAAGGAUUACUGGAAAAAUAAAGUAUGAAUAAGCAUUUUUGUCUUCCCUGAGGAGAGGUGAAUGCCGUGUGCUCACUGCAGGCACUGAGUGUUUUUUCUCCUAUCUUGGCUUUAUGUUCCCGCUCCUCCUUUGCCGCCAUCCUUAUUGUCUCUGCUCACUGUGCACAAUCUAAUAAAGUGUCUGCACAAUUA